CUUCGGGUCACAUCCUUUUCCUUGAAUAUCCUGUGACUUGUUUAAGUGGAAAUUUUAAAAUUUUUUUAAAUUGAAAAUUACUUAGAAUCCCCAAAAUUCCUCAAAAAUGGGUAAGAAAGGUAAAGGAAAUAAAUUGGCAAAAAUGUCCGAAGAGGAAAGGGCAAGAUAUCUCCAGCUACGGGCUGAUAUUGAGGAAGAGGCCCGUCGCCGAAAAAUGCAACUGAUUUCCAUGUAUAUGAAGAAUAAACUAAAACGGGAGGAGGCUUUCAGCCGCCUGAAUAUGGCCAAAAUCAAUCAAGAGUGGCGUUCCAUUUUGAGACAGGUCAAAUGUCAGGAGUUGCGCAAAGAAAUUAUUGACAUGGAAAAAUACAGCAAGGACAUGUUGGAUCACAAGGACGGUGUCAUACAGCGAUUGCUGCACGACUUAGAAGUGGCCCAUGGUCAACAUGAUACAAGUUCCCAAACCCACAUGGAAAUGUUGCAUCAUUUUAUGAAUAUCCAAGAACAACGCUUGGUUUUCUUCAAGGAGAACUAUGAGCGCGAGAGGCAAACAAUGCUCGAACAAUUUAAUGAGGAUUUCAGUAAAAUGCAAAAUUUACGGGAGCGCGCCCAGGAACAACUGGAGAAUGUCUACUAUCAGCUGGAAGAGAAAAAUGAGAAUCAGCGCAAUGAGGCCCACGAGAGAUAUCUGGAGAAAUUGGAUGAUAUCAAGGCAACGAUGCAGCUACGUAUUGAAGAAAUCACCGAAAAGGGCGAACAAAAACUCGAAAAACUAUGGAAAGAAUACCAACAGGCAUUAGCUGAAUAUGUUCAGCAUACCGAAGGAUUCUAUGCUGAUUAUAUGGAUCUGAAAGAAAAAGAUGAAGAAUAUACAAAUCAAACUCGAGAAUAUUGCUAUGAGAUAGAAAAGGCCAGCAAUCAGUUGGCCGCUUUGAAACUUACCGUGGCCGAUGCUGAAGAUAAAAGCGAAGUGAAGUUGAAACAUUUAAAAGAUCUCAAAGAAUACAUGAUGAAGAAACAUGCGGAACUAAAGGAAAGAAUCGAUGCUGAAUUGCAGGGGAAUCAGGAGAAAUUCAAAACGAUCAGUGUGGAAAGUUAUCAAGCGGUGAAGCAAAAAAUGGAAAAGGAGUUCCAAAAUCAAAAGUUCCAAGAAGAGGAACGAGAAAAUACAACAGCGUCAGGAGACGCAUUGAAUAUAUCCGAGUUCGAUAUGGAAAAAAUGGUACGAGAGUUUCGGGCGUUCCAGAAUGUGAUUAUCCAGCAGCACCAGGAGAAAAUUAAGUCGAUUAUGGAAGAAAUUGAGCAGAUGUUCCUAUCGCAGCAAUCCAGCAACAAUCAAAAAGGGGACAAGGAACAAAAGGAAAGGCAAGUCGUCGAAGCUGGAAAAGAUGACCUGUCCACACAACUAGCAAGUGCAAGAGAGGGACAUAAUGCUGUUGAACGAAAACAGAUUCCAGUCUUGGAAGAAGAAGAAGAAGAAAAUUCCGCCCUGACCAAUGAAGAACCCGAAAAACAUAAUGAUAUUGGAGAAAAGGAAAAAGAAAUGAAGGCGAUAAGCACAGAAGGUCACAUCAUUUCCAACGAAUAUGGGAAAGAAUUAAUCGAAGAAAUGAGAAAAGACAAACAAAAUUCUCUGGUUCCGGUUCCUGAAGAGUAUUCCAACGAGUAUGGAAAUGAAUUUAUCGAAGAAGUGGGAAAAGCCAAACAAAAUUCUCUGGUUCCGGUUCCUGAAGGUCUUAGCGAAAUCCAUAGCAAAUCAUCAAGGGCCGUGAAAACAGAAGACGACGAAUCGGAGCUUACAAUAAAGCCGACGGCAAUCAUUUGCUACAUGGGUGAUGACGGUCUGCAGCGAUGGACUACUAAUUCGGCAGCAUGGAAAAUGAAGCCGGCAGAUAAAGGUGGUGGUAUCGGCAAGAGAGGCUGGAUGAAACGUUGGAGUCGUUUCCUGGAAGCGAACUUAAAAAAUAUCUUCGAAAAAGGCAACACUCUGCUACAAUUGGUGGCUGUUUGUCGUAAAUUCGAAACCGAAAAGGAGAAAGUUUUACCCAUGGGUUUGCCGCCCAUUAGCAAGAUAAUGUUUGAAAAUGAAGCUGAGGAAUAUUCACAAGUACCAGAGGAGCUGAAGUCAGAUAAUUUUUGCAACUGGCAAUUGAUGGAAGAUUUCUGGCGGCGUGUUAACAAUGUUAAAAUCGAUCUGGUUUGUCUGACACAGCGCAAGCGGGGCUUGGAAGAAGAAAACGACCGACUGAAAAGGGAAUUGGAGGAACGUUUAAUGAGCCUUAACAUUGCCAACGGCAUUAACACCCAUGUCAACGAUUAUUUGGCCAAGAGGCCGAGCAGUAUGCGAGUUGACCGAGUGGAACGUAUCGAUUUGGAUCAACGCCAAACAUGUCAGUCGGCAGAUGUGAAAAUGGGUCGCCAACCACCACAGCCCCAACACCAGCAGACGCGUUAUUGUCGUCGUCCCCACACCUCUUGUGUUACGGAGGCACAUCUCACCACCGUUGUACGUUCACGAUUGUUGGCCAAAGGCAAACCGAAACUGGCCAAAAUUGUCGCAAUAAAACAUUGAAAAAUCACAUUGCAAUAAAGCGAUUGAAGCGAAGAGAGGUGGACUCGCAAGGAUGUGUGGCUGACAUAAAGCGAUCAAUAAGCCAAGGAGUGUCCUUGCCACUUUUUUUAUCCAUCAAACAACAGAUGUUGCGGACCUUCUUCUUUAUCGUUUCUUGUGGCUUCUUUGCUCCACUUUGGUGGCCACCAUAAAAUAUGACACUGCCAAGAGUUUUUCAUAUAAAAAGUAAUAAUUUUCCUGUGUUUUUUCUUUUCUUUUGUGUUAUUAAGUGAGGUGUGGGGAACAUAAAAUAAAUGUCAGUUGUUGGUUGCUUGAACAAUUGAGUUCCAUUUUUGAUGUGGUCGUCAUUCCAUCAAAUAUGUGUCAAAAAGUAAUAAAAGGAACAAAUAUAAAAAUUUAAUGUCAUCGAAAUUUAUCAUUUCUUUUCAUUGCGCCAUUAAGUGUUCUCCGUGCAUUCAGAAAAACGGAAAUUUUAACCCCUCCCCCCGCAUAAUGAAAGAACUCAAGACAAAAUAUUUGCCGAAGGUUGAGGUUAAGGUAGUGACGAACAUUAAACAUCAACUCAAUACAACAAUAACAACUGACAACUGUAACAAAUCAUAAGGAAAUAUAAUCAUUUUUAAUGAAACCUGGACACAAUGGUUUAUUGUGGUAAAUAAUCUUUGGAAUAUGGCAUUUAUUUUCAGCAGAAAUCUAAGGUUAGGC